AUGCUCCCAUCCAAGCCUGCUCCCAUCCAAGCCUGCUCCCAUCCAAGCCAGAUCCCACCCAAGCCUGCUCCCAUCCAAGCCUGCUCCCAUCCAAGCCUGCUCCCAUCCAAGCCUGCUCCCAUCCGAGCCUGUUUCCGACUUAAUCGGCUCACGUGGCACCUCGUAACCUUCCACACGAACGUCGCCCCCUGCCUCCCCCCUCCACUCCCUCCCUCCCUCCUUUGCUCACUUCGUCGCUCCCUUUUUACCCCCCAUCCUCCCUCUUUCCCUCCCAUCCUCACUCUUUCCUUCUCUCCCUCUUUCCCUCCCAUCCACCAGCUUUCCCUCCCAUUCUCCCUCUUUCCCUCUCUCCCUCUUUUCCCUCCCUCCCUCUCUUCCUGUCACCAUUUCUCUCCACAGCUCCUCUCCACCGCUCCCUCCCACCAAAUUCCUUUACCCCUACUGCACAUACGCGCCCCUACUCCCAUUCCUUUCGCAGCUAGGCUCCACCGCUUCCCCUCACUUCCUCCCUUCACCUCCUCCUUCACCUCCCCUUUCCCCUCCUCCCUUCCCCUCUUCCCUUCACCCCUUCCCUUCCCCUGCUCCCACCCCCUCCCUUCCCUUUUCCCUUCCCCUCCUCACUUCCCCUCCUCCCUUCCCCUCCUCCCUUCCCCUCCUCCCUUCACCUCCUCCCUUCUCCCCUCCGCCAUUCACCGCAUCCCAAAGAACUACGCAAACAGCCCCUUCUUCUGA